AUGUUUCUUUUCUUUCUUUCAAAAAUUUUUUUUUUAUUGGUUAUUUUUUUUCUUUCUUUCAUUUUUAACAUUUUUUGGAUUUUCUUUCAAAUUUUUUUUUUCAUCUUUUCUUUUUUCUUUAUUUCUUUAUUUUUCUUUUUUUCUUUCAGAAAAUUUCAUUUUUUUAAUUUCUUCUAUUUCUUUCUUUUUUUCUUUUUUUCUUUCUUUUUUUCUUCUCAUUAUUCUUUCUUUCUUCCUUUUCUUCUUUGUCUUUCUUCUUUUUCUUUUCUUUCUUUUCUUUUUAUUUUCUUCUUUUCUUUUAUAUUUCAGCAAUUCUUUUUUUUUUUCUUUUCUUCUUUUUUUUUUAAAAUUUUUUUUUUCUUUCUUUUAGAAUUUUUUUUUCUUCUUUUUCUUUUUUUCUUUUUCUUUAUUUUUUUCAUUUUUUUUUUUUUGUUUUUUUCUUUUUUUUUCUUUAUCUUUUUUUUCUUUUUCAUCUUUUUUCUUUUCUUUCUUUUAUUUUUUUCUUUAUUUAAACUUAUUCAUUUUUCUCUUUCAUUUUUUUAUAUUUUUUUUUUUUAUUUCUUUCUUUCUUUUUUCUUUCAUAAUUUUUUCUUUCUUUAA